AGUAAAGUAAAAAUUUCAUUACUCUCAUAGAAUCAGGAAAAGAAACAAUUAAAAACGAUAAAACGCAACAAUACGCUUCAAAAAGGUUUCUGUUGUUUCUCUGUAACUCUAUUUAUAAUAUACAAACGCUCUUCAAAUCCGACGCGCUUCUAGAUCUCCAUUAAUUUCCCUCUCUUUUCCAUUUCCACACAACAAUUUGGUGAGUUCCAGAUCUUCUUUUCUGCCUCCACGAUUCUUCGUUGCUCACGAACUGCGUUAAUUUUAUGAUAUUGCUGCUUUGAUUAGAAUAAUUUACCAGAAUUUCUGCGGCUGCUAUGGGGACUGUUGUGGAUGCUGCAAACAAGGAAGCAAACGGAAGUGCACCUAUCAACAAGAAGGUCACUGUUGUGUUCGUUCUGGGUGGCCCAGGUAGUGGUAAGGGCACACAGUGUGCAAAUAUCGUCGAACAUUUUGGUUAUACUCACCUGAGUGCAGGUGAUCUUCUCCGAGCUGAGAUAAAAUCUGGUUCUGAGAAUGGGACUAUGAUUCAAAACAUGAUCAAGGAGGGAAAAAUUGUACCUUCAGAGGUCACAAUCAAGCUUCUUAAACGAGCAAUUGAGGAAAAUGAAAACGACAAGUUUCUUAUUGACGGUUUCCCGCGUAAUGAGGAAAAUCGUGCGGCAUUUGAGUCUGUAACUGGUAUUCAGCCAGAGUUUGUACUUUUCUUCAACUGUUCAGAGGAGGAAAUGCAGAAGCGCUUGUUGGGUAGAAACCAGGGUAGGGAAGAUGAUAAUAUUGAGACAAUAAGGAAGAGAUUUAAUGUCUACAUGGAAUCUAGUCUCCCAGUUAUUGAAUAUUACAGUGCAAAAGGCAAGGUUAAGAAGAUUGAUGCUGCAAGACCUAUUGGAGAAGUUUUUGAGGCGGUCAAAGCUAUUUUCACCCCCCACCUAAGGCAGUUCUGAAAUGGCUUGAGGAGGUUUAUGUGUUUUUAGUGAAUUUUCUUCCCCUGAGGUGGAGGGGUUAUUACAUUUAUACUUUUAUGAAUUGUAAUGUUAUAAAGUUAGUUGUCUCUAUAUUGUCUUACCCCAGUGUCUCAACGAGGUUAUUGCCUAUAUAUGCUCAUAAAUAUCUAGUAUACAACGACUGAAUUCUCCCAUGUUUUCAUAUUUCUUAGUACUAAUAAGAUUACUACAUGUUCAUUUA